CACUCUAUGCAUCCCGAUGCUUCGCCUUCGAACGCACCCCUUCUCUGGCGGCCGCUGCCUUCUUGCCGCCGGCGCUCGUUCCUCCCAUCGAAGGGCGGGGACCUCGAGGAAGAAGGGUCCUACUCCCCCUCUUCCGCCCCCGAGCCCGCCGAAUCCGCCGAAGAAGCCCACCCCCUCCACCUUCCUCGGCGUUACCUGGCACGACUCCUACAGCUGGAUGUCCAACUUCGAAGACCCCGUCGCCAUGCGCCACAUGGAUGUGCACAUGGAGCAGGAGGAGAAGUACACGGAGGCCGUCUUGAUAGCCUCCGGCGCCGACCGGUUCCAACGCAAGCUCAUGAUCGAGAUGGCCCCAAGGAUGGCGGCUGAUCUGUGCACGCCACCUGUGAAGCUGGGCCCGUGGCUUUACUACCGCCGGGCGGAGGAGGGGAAGCAGUUCCAUGUGCUCUGUAGGAGGUCCGCGGCCCUUCACCAGGAGUUUAUUUCUUACAGCGAGCCGUCGGUGGGCUUCGAUUUCCAGUCCGGGAGAAGGAUCGAGCAGAAGCUGGUGGAUUACAACCAAGAAGCUGAGCGGUUUGGUGGAUGCUCAUAUGAAGAACGAUCUGAGGUAUCUCCAGACCAUCAUUUUAUUGCUUAUACUAUGUAUGAUAAAGAAAAAGAUUCCUUCACUUUAUGUGUGAGGGAUUUAACUACUGGCAUGCUAUGUGACAAACCUCAAGCAGAUCGAGUUGCUAAUCUCUCAUGGGCUAUGAAUGGGAAAGCAUUACUCUACACUGUCACCGAUAAUGAUAAACGUCCAUAUCGGAUCUUUUGUAGCAUUCUUGGAUCUAAUAAAGAUGAUAUUCUUAUUUUCGAAGAAUCCAAGGAUAAUGCUGUUGUGGAGAUUAGAAAUACCAAAGACUUUCAGUUUAUAACUGUAAACAUUUUUUCGAACAAUUCAUCAAAGGUGUUCUUGAUAAAUGCCGCUGAUCCAUUUUCAGGCAUGACAUUAGUGUGGGAAUGUGAACCUUAUGUUCAUUGCAUAGUGGAACACCACCAAGGUUGGUUAUAUUUAUUUACAGAUGCUGCUAGAGGAGGUGAAGCAGUAGACUAUCAUUAUCUACUUCGCCGUGUUGCUAAAGAUUAUGAUUCCAGAAACUGGGAGAGUUUUCUUCUUGAGGAUCUUGGUGUUAACAUUGUAGACAUUGAUUUUUGUGAAACUCACAUGGUUCUUAUUCUUAAAGAAGGCAAAUUGUUCAGAUUAUGUUCUAUACCUCUACCUCUAUCUGUGGAUGGAAAAGGACCUGUGCAUCUUUCAGCUCUCCAGCCUUGCUUUUUGCCACUUCCUGAACAUGUUUGUCAGAUUAUGCCUGGUCCAAAUUAUGAUUAUCAUUCCUCCAUUAUGCGAUUUAUAAUUUCGUCACCCGUGAUGCCGGAUGCCACUGUUGAUUAUAACUUAACAAAUGGAAAGUGGCACAUAGUGCAACAACAUAAUAUUUUGCAUGAGCGCACGCGAACUUUGUAUGGCUCUGCAGCCAUUUCAGACACUAAAGAAGCACCAGUUUCAAAAGGAGUAGGCAGCCAUGAUCAUCCCCAUUGUUCAGAUGGUGUGUGGAACGAGCUUACUGAGUUUUAUGCGUGUGAAUAUUUAGAGGUUCCUUCAAACAAUGAGGUCCUUGUCCCCUUAACAAUCAUAUACUCUCGAAAGCACAAGCAUGAGAACAGUCCAGCACUGCUUCAUGGUUAUGGUGCUUAUGGUGAACUGUUAGAUAAGCGCUGGAAAAGUGAGUUCAAAAGCCUACUGGAUCGUGGUUGGGUGAUUGCUUAUGCUGAUGUCAGAGGUGGUGGUGGUGGUGGUAAGAAGUGGCACAAUGAUGGAAAGCGUAGCAGAAAACAGAAUUCAAUCAUCGACUAUAUUUCAUGUGCUGAUUUUCUAGUUCAAGAAGGUAUUGUGCAAGAGAACAAGCUUGCGGGUUGGGGAUGUGGUGCCGGAGGGCUUUUGGUUGCUUCAGCUCUUAACAGUCGUCCAGAUUUGUUCAAGGCUGCAGUUUUGAAGGUUCCUUUUCUAGAUGUCUGUAACACUCUGCUCCACCCUGUUUUGCCUCUCACACCUGCUGAUUAUGAGGAAUUUGGCUAUCCUUUUGAAGUUGAAGAUUUUCUUGCCAUCAGGAAGUAUUCCCCUUACGAUAAUAUUCAAAAGGAUGUUCCUUAUCCAGCUGUUUUGGUAACGUCAUCUUUGAAUACAAGGUUUGGGAUAUGGGAAGCAGCUAAAUGGGUUGCAAAAGUAAGAGAGCUGACCGUCUAUGAUCCUCAGAGGCCAAUCCUGUUUAAUCUGACAGCGGAUAUAGUCGAAGAAAGUAAGUAUCUAGAGGCCAAAGAGUGUGCCCUGGAAGCUGCUUUUCUCAUAAAAAUGGUGUCAGAAUCCUAGACGUAAGCCAUAUGCACCGAACAUGGAUGGAAUCCAAUGCUUUUGUUGCCUUCUUCAGAGGCUUCCUUUCCUCAUGGUUCCUAGCGAAUGUGCUAAUUGCGUCCAGGUCUUGCCAAGGGAAGAAAACUAGUGAAGUUAAAAGCAGCUUCCAACCUAAGCAGAUCAUCUGAAAUAUCAAUGUGAUUCUCAGAUAAACGAACUAAAAUGCCAUCACUUACAGUGGAUGUUUCAGUGACCCUAACAACAGUUGCCUUGUUGCUCGUUGAUUGAGAUGCUAAAGCGGUUUGUUCUUGUAGCUUGUUAAACAAUGUUACGGAGCAGAACGAGGACUUUGCAAGAUAUAAAUUAUUUGGUCUUGAGUUAGUUUUUUAUUCCGGUUGUUUCAUCAGAGUUCAUAAUGUACCUUUGUUCAUUAUGUGACGCAUGUAAAUAAUCUUGGAUAGUUUCAUAAAAUAGGCAAUGUAGUGGGAAACAAAAUAAUUAACCAUUUUCUA